AUGUCGGCUCCGGGAGCUGGUCACCAAUUCCCCUCCCAGGAGGUUUCCUGGCAAAAGCGCGAUGUUCUGUUGUUCGCUAAUAGCAUCGGCUGCAAGGCGGAUGAGUUGCACUUCCUCUAUGAGCUUCACCCAAACUUCGCCGUCUUUCCGACCUACUCUUUAAUUCUCCCAUUCAAGCUCACAGACCAAGAGGUCACGGAUUUCUAUGCUCGCUCACAGGGUAGUCCCAUUCCCGGCGUUCCGAAAUUCGACUAUCGCCGCGUGGUGGACGGUCAGCGCAAGCUUACCCUGCUGAAGCCUCUCCCGCCUUCCAGCGCAGGCAAGAAAUUCGAAUUGCGUAACAAGGUUAUUGGUGUUUAUGAUAAGGGCAAGCCUGGAACCGUCGUUGAGACAGAGCAGUCGAUUGUGGAUGAAACCGGGGAGGUGUACUCCAAGACCGUGAGCAGCAACUUCUUUGUUGCGCAGGGUAACUGGGGCGGUCCUAAGGGACCAAGCACUGUUAGCUAUGCUCCCCCAGAGGGCAGAAAGCCAGACGCUGUUCAUGUGAUCCAGUCUACUUUGGAAACCGCCCAUCUUUAUCGACUAAACGGCGACUACAACCCUCUCCAUGCUACCCCAGAGCCCGGUCAGCAGAUGGGCUUCGGAGGAAUCAUCAUCCAUGGCUUGUUUAGCUGGAACUCUGCGGCCCACGGCAUUCUAAGGGAGCUCGGAGGCAGCGACCCCAAGAAUCUGAAGGAGUUCCAAGCGCGUUUCGCUUCGCCAGUUAGACCCGGUGACAAACUUACAACAGAGAUUUGGCGAAUGGGAAUUGUCCAGGAUGGAUUCGAAGAAGUUCGCUUUGUGACGAAGAACGACAAGGAUAAGGUUGUUUUGAGCAACGGCCGCUGUCUGUUGAAGGUUGUUGGGCCAAAGAGUAAGUUGCCUCGGAUUCCGCAGCUUGCCUCGGGCUGCCGAAUCCCGUCUAUUGGCCUUCGAAGUAAACAUUCUUCGAGUUGGACCGAUGCGCAAAAAAAUAACAUCCAGACCCAGUCUGGAGAAAGGAUCCUGGGACCUGAAAGAAUACCUGACCAUGUUCAAUUGAAAGUCAACCCUGAAGGGAACAUCGGGAACUUUGGGCCUUUCUGGCUUAGGGAGAAUUGCCAGUGCGCAAAGUGCAUUCAUCCAGAUACGAAGCAGCGAGCCAUAGAUACGUUUUCGAUGCCUCUAAAUGUCAGAGCACGGAAUGUCGAGUAUGAUACCGGCGGUGCUAAAAUCGAGUGGUCUGAUGGUCAUAUUGGUGACUAUCCAUUCGAUUGGCUACUCCCACAUCAGGAACAUACUUCCUUGAAUAGGAACUUGGUCAAACCAGAGCCGAUGUCAUUCAGACCAAUGCGUUCAUUAGUACCGGGCCAAUCCUCUCCAAAAGUGUCAUAUGAAAAGGUCAUGUCAGAGGACCGUUAUCUGUUUGAGUGGCUUGACAAAAUAUAUUCCUGGGGAUUCUGCUUUGUCGAAGGCAUUCCUAUCAAUCCGGAAUCGACACAGGCUCUAAUUGAAAGGAUUGCUUUCAUCAGACACACUCAUUACGGUGGAUUCUGGGACUUCACAGCCGACUUAACUUUCAAAGACACCGCAUAUACAAACGAAUUCCUCGGCUCGCAUACGGACAAUACGUACUUUACUGACCCAGCGAGGCUUCAGCUAUUCCAUCUUCUAUCUCAUACUGAUGGUGAUGGAGGAGAAAACUUGCUUGUUGAUGGUUUCAAGGCUGCCCAAAUCAUGCAAGAGGAGAACCCGGAGGGUCUCGCCACACUAGCUUCAACGAAACAUCCAUUCCACACCAGCGGAAAUGAGGAUACAUGCAUCCAGCCUGUGACCCAAGCUCGUGUACUCGAAACCCAUCCCGAAUUUGGAUACCUGUAUCAAGUUCGUUGGAACAAUUACGAUCGGGCACCCAAAAGCGACUGGUCUAUACGUGAGCAAUAUCAAUGGUACGAGGCAGCACGUCAUUGGGACGAAAUCAUCAAACGCCCAGAGAUGGAAAUAUGGACACAAUUUAAGCCUGGAACGGCAAUCAUCUUUGAUAACUGGAGAAUACUUCAUGGUCGUUCAGAAUUUACCGGAAAGCGACGGAUGUGUGGUGGCUAUGUGAACAACGACGACUUCAUCUCACGGUUUCGUCUUCUGAAAUUCGGCCGGGAGAAAGUAUUGCAGAAUCUCGGAAAUUUCAGAGCAUCUCCAGAUAACCCCAAUUAUUUUAUAUAA